AUGAAUAGUGAACAAAUACAAAACUGGUUAGCUGAGUUAAAUGAGCGAUAUAAAAUUGAUGAAAAAACACUUCAAGAUAUCAGCAAAAAGCACGAUUUACUAAAUCAUGAAACAGAAAAAACAAAUUUCCUUAUAAAUUAUCUUCAUUGUAAUUAUACGGAUAUUGAUCUUACACAACCAAUAAUUGCAUGUCUUCUUGCGUCGUACUAUAAAGGAGGUAUUUUACGGUAUUUUACCUUGCAAUGUAUACCUUCAUUAGUCCAUAUUUAUCUAUUAGCAUUAGCGAAACGACAACAGCGAUCGAUUUCGAUGCUUAACACAUUUCUUGUUGCUGUUUAUAAUGAAGAAAUAUUAGCUGGUGGAUCAGGCUCGUCAUCUCCAUCUAAAAGAAUUGAAGAGGUACGUAUUCCAUCAAUACGUUAUCCAAGUGUAUAUCAUGAUCCAAAGAAGUUAAAUAUUAUUCCUGAUUUGCCGCAAAUGAGGACCGCAGCUUCUUAUAGUGAGGUUAAUAAAUAUUUGUUUUUACAUAUUGGACCUUAUCCUUCAUUUAUAGAAAUAAAUGCGCUUAACAGGCAAAUGAUUUUAACUCGAUUAUUAAAAUCCGUAAACAAUUAUCUUUGUCAGUAUUCUCGGGAUUUUUUUUGUCGUUGCUUGUGUAUCAGCGCGGUCGCUAUUUGCCAAAGUGGUUUUAAUUUUCAUCAAAGCGAACUAUGUCUGCAUUUUUUUGGAAGAGACUUAUCGAAUGAGUUGUCGAAUGAUUUUUCCAGAAAAUCGAGGUUAAAAGUAUCAUCACAGCUGUUAUUAGAAAUAUUGAAUGGUAUUAAUUUUGCUAUGUUCAGUGGCAUUCCUGAACUAGCGAUGUGUGCAGUGGAUGCUAUUCAUCAACGAUCAGUUUACGAGCUUUAUGCGGAUGUUAUCUUAGUCACGAAUAGUAUUCGUAAUUCAUUGCUGGAGAGUAAUUUACAAAAGAGUAAUAUGUUUCUCAAAAUUGUGGGUCCAAUAGCAACACAAUCAGCAUUGGAAAAGCGAAAAGUAAGCGAUGCUUUUACGAAUGCAUCAUUUCGCGUCAAAAGAAUGCCUGAAGAUCUCUCUCCUGUUGAGUCGAACUAUAAUAUGGCAAACAAAAAGCAUACUUUUACCAACGGUGAAUUUUUUUUCCAUUCCCAGGAAUCCAAAUUUAUAGUUGUAAAUAGAAUUUAA